AAAUCAAAAGUUUGCUGUCAUCGUCCGGCGUAUACAGUAAAAAUUAAAUUGAUUUUCACUUUUGCAUUCAAUAUUUGAGACUUGGUUUUAAUAUUUUCCCUAGUGUUAUUACAGUUUAUAAAAAUGGCUCGUCGUUAUGAUACCCGUACAACAAUAUUCUCUCCCGAAGGGCGAUUAUACCAGGUCGAAUAUGCCAUGGAAGCCAUCAGUCACGCUGGCACAUCCCUUGGAAUUCUCGCUACUGACGGCAUUUUACUUGCAGCAGAGCGCAGAAACACAAACAAACUUCUCGAUGAAGUAUUUUUCUCAGAGAAAAUUUACAAAUUGAAUGAUGAUAUGGUAUGUUCAGUUGCUGGCAUCACGUCUGAUGCAAAUGUACUGACUAAUGAGCUCAGACUUAUCGCUCAGCGAUAUUUACUACAGUAUGGAGAAUCUAUACCCUGUGAACAAUUGGUGUCUUGGUUAUGUGAUGUUAAACAAGCUUAUACACAGUAUGGAGGUAAAAGACCAUUUGGAGUGUCUAUUCUAUAUAUGGGUUGGGAUAAACAUUAUGGGUACCAGUUGUACCAGUCUGAUCCCAGUGGAAAUUAUGGUGGAUGGAAAGCUACUUGUAUUGGGAACAAUAGUGCUGCUGCGGUUUCCAGUUUGAAGCAAGAGUAUAAAGAAAAUGAAACAACACUGGCAGAAGCACAAGCUCUUGCUAUUAAAGUUCUAAGCAAAACAUUAGAUAUGACUAAACUGACUCCAGAAAAAGUGGAAAUGGCUACACUCACCCGUAAAGACAAUAAGACAAUAAUCAGAGUGCUAACCAGUCCUGAAGUGGAGAAAUUGAUUGCAGAGUUUGAGAAGAGUGAAGCAGAAGCGGAAGCUGCCAAGAAGCAGCAAUCUAAGUCUUAAUUUUCAUUAUACAUAUACUGGAUUAAGUGUUCUUAUUGCAUUAAAUUUUUUAUUUGAUACACA